AAGUAAAAGGAGUAGAUAUAGUUUAUGAGAUAAUGAUAGGUUAUAAAAAUAGUGUAGAGAAAAAGGAGAAUCAAUUAGAUCAUGUACAGAAGAAAUUUGAUGAGUAUAAAGUUUAUCAAGAGGGAGAAAAGAAAAAAUUAAGAGAUAGAAUAGGGGAGUUGGAAGAUGAAAUUUGCAGAAUGCAAUUAGGGUUGUUGUAA